GUACUGACCAACGGGACGCUGCUCUUCCUGCCCUUCUCCAGCGAGUCGUUCAGGGCAGCGGUUCACGCCUCCACGUACAGGUGUAGAGCUUCGUCGCCAGCUGGCGUCGUCCUCUCCCGCGACACCCACGUCAGAGCAGUGGUGGAGCAGUACUGGGAGGUGCAGGUGUACAACCAGUACGUGGUGGAGGGCAACGCGGCCGUGCUGCAGUGCAAGGUGCCUCCCUUCGUCAAGGACUUCGUCAGCAUCACCUCCUGGACCCAAGGCCACACUAACUACUACCCUUCCCAGAACGCUGAUGGUCGGAUACAGAUGGUGGCUACAGGGCAGCUGGUGGUACGAGAUGUGCGGUCGUCAGACUCACAGCUGUCGUUCCGGUGCCGGGCCGUGCACACCCUCACCGGCGCCACGCACGAGUCUGCCAACGCUGCACGUAUAUACGUCACUGAUCUGAGGACGAAGUCAGCCCCGCGGAUACCAGAGAUGGAGUCGGUUAUACGGGUACAGCGGGGCACCACCGCCACGCUCCUGUGCCCUGCCCAGGGCAACCCCACGCCCACCAUCACGUGGUACCAGCAAGGAAGCGGCGUGGACAUUCCCCUGGGCGGUGUUGGGGGCGCUGGAGGAGGGCUGCAGGCGGCCAGGAUGAAGGUCUCCGGCCCCGUCCUCAACCUGCUGACGACAGAGGACGCUGACGCCGGCACCUACCGCUGUUAUGCCAACAAUACAGAGGGUGUCGCCGUCUUGCAGGUGGAGCUGGAGGUGCUCUCGGCGCUCUCUGUGCGCGUGACGCCGCCGUCCGUAGUGGUGGACGCGGGCGCCCCUGCUCACUUCACCUGCGUUAUCUCAGGGUCCCCGGUCAACCAGGUAACCUGGCUUAAGGAUGGCAAUAUAUUGCGGCCCGGGGCGCGCGUGAGGAUGCCUGACGGACGCGGGCGUGUGCUCAAGAUAGAGGGCGUGGGCGUGGCAGACGUGGGCGUGUACCAGUGCCGGGCUGAGGGCCAUCAUGACUCCGCCCUGGGCAUCUCCGUCCUCACCCUUGGAGAUACCCUCCCGGUUCUCAAGUACCGGUUCAUCGAGCAGACUCUCCAGCCGGGACCUUCUGUGAGUCUUAAGUGCAUCGCUUCCGGAAGUCCAACGCCAUCAGUCACCUGGACUCUUGAUGGCUUCCCAGUGAAGCACUCGGACAGGCUGGUGCUGGGACAGUAUGUCAGCGUAGACGGGGACGUCAUCUCCCACGUCAACGUCAGUAACGUAGCGGCCGUUGAUGGGGGUCUGUACCGCUGCUCGGCCACCAACACCGUGGGCACCGUCCAGCACGGAGCCAGGCUCAACGUCUACGGUGUGCCAGUCGUACGACCAAUGGAUGACGUGAGCGCUGUGGCCGGAGAAAGACUCGUACUGACGUGUCCGGUUGGGGGGUACCCCAUACACUCCCGCAUCUGGUUAAGAGAAGGUGUUCAGCUGCCGGUGAGUCGUCGGCAGGUCAUUCACACCAAUGGGUCCCUUGUGAUUGAUAAUGUCCAGAGGGAGACGGAUGCUGGGACCUACUCCUGCACUGCCUCCACUAAGCAUGGGGACAAGAGCACCCAGUCUGUCCAGGUGAAGGUGCUCGUGCCACCCAGGAUAGGACCUUUUACCUUCCGUGAGAACGCUGCUGCUGGAAUCCGCGUGUCUGUCAGCUGCAGCCUAGAGCAGGGCGACUUGCCAGUGACUAUCCGCUGGCUAAAAGACAGUGAGUUGCUGACCUCUGACCCUCAGGGCAUCGUGAGCCCUCACCGGCCUGGAUUGCUGGCUCGGCUAGAUCUGGACGUGCGGUUCCUGGAUGCGUAUUCCAGCCAGCUGGUGAUUCCCAACUUAAGCUCCUCUCAUGCUGGCAACUAUACGUGUCAGGCAACCAAUGCUGCUCGCACCGUCACCUACACUGCCCCUCUCACAGUCAGCGUUCCCCCACGCUGGGUGUCGGAGCCAGAGGACCAGAGCGUGACCAGGGGCAGCGACGCCCUCAUUAGGUGCCAGACAGAAGGCUUCCCUCCCCCGAAAAUCAUAUGGAGAAAGGCUCAUGGUGCAGCGCCGGGGAGCUACCGGGACCUGCUGGGCUCCAGCGGCACACAACAGCUGACAAAUGGCUCCUUGCUCCUGACACAGGUCACCAAAGAUGCAGAGGGACGCUAUCUGUGUGAGGCCACCAAUGGCAUUGGCGCCGGUCUCAGCAAGGUCAUUCAAGUUACUGUUAACGCGCCUCCACGGUUCAGCAGCAGGGGCAGUAACGUUAGUGCGGGCACGGGAGGGCACGCCCUGCUGCGGUGCCCAGUGACGGGGGACCAGCCCAUGAAGCUGUCCUGGCACAAGGACGGCAGGAUCAUCACGCCAUCAGAAUCCUACAGACACGAGUUGCGAGAGAGCACCGCGGGUGGCGUUGGCGUGCAUGUGGGUGGGGCCGAGGAGGAACGGGUGCUGGAGCUGGUGGUGACGAAUGUGAUGCGUGAGGACGGAGGUCAGUACGUGUGCACGGCCGACAAUGCUCACGGACACGCCUCCACCACUGUGACUCUUCUCGUGCAAGAACCCCCCGAUCUGCCCCGGUCUCUCCACGUAAUAGACAAGGGUUCACGGCACGUUCGGCUGGCCUGGGAGGUGCCUCAAGAUGGCAACUCACCCAUCACCAAGUAUACCCUUCGAUACACACGACUGGGAGACUGGCAGCAGCAGCCACAGCAACAGAAGCAGCAGCAACAGCAACAGAUGCUACAGAUUCAGCAACAACAGCAGCAGGAGAAGGAGGAGGAGGUGGCAGUUGGCGGUCAUGAGACAGAGGCCACAGUUGAGACCUUGACUCCAGCUACUCAGUACCUCUUCACACUCUAUGCCCACAAUGCCAUGGGCCCCUCCAAGCCCUCUGAGGCGCUGCAGGUGACGACAGAAGGUGAGGCCCCUGGUGGACCUCCGAGGGAGAUAGAGGUCACGCCUGUAUCCUCCACCAGUCUGAAGGUUUCUUGGUUGCCACCAGACUCUUCCAUCAGGCACGGCAAGAUCCUCGCUUACUACAUUACCUACGGCAACUCAGGCAUCGCCAGUGACCAGUACAAGAGCGUCACUGUGGAAGCAGACAACUGGCCUUCUUCCUCUUCAUCCAGCUCCUCGCUGUCGUCAUCGUCUCCUACAUCAUCGUCAUUGUCGUCGUCGUCGUCGUCUCCGGGAGGGUGUUGCUCGGCGCUGGUGACGGAGCUGGCACCGUACACGGAGUACGUGAUGGAGGUACAGGCAGUGAAUGCCCAGGGGGCUGGCCCUUCAGCUCCUCCCGUUACUGCCACUACACUCGAAGAUGUGCCAUCGUCUGCUCCUGGAGCUCUGAGGUGUGCACCAAUGACAGCCCACAGUGUCCUGGUCUCCUGGGAUACCCUCCCACCUGCCCAUGCCCGUGGACACCUUCUGGGAUACCGCAUUCUCUACGCCCCUGCUGACAGAGCCACAGAGCUGAGCGGAGAGACGACGUCCUCAGUGAGCGUGGCACUGCGGGGACUGCGGCCCUACACCAACUACUCCCUGCAGGUGGUAGCGUUUACCAGGGUGGGCGAGGGACCCCCAAGCGAACCCGUCUUCUGUACCACUGAGGAAGACGUGCCAGGGCCCCCGGCAGGCGUGAAGGCAGCACUGUCCAGGCCGGAGAAGAUGGUAGUAUCCUGGCUGCCACCUACUAAUAGCAACGGUCGCCUGCUCACCUACACCAUCACUAUCAGGGGCAGAGAUGUUAAACGAUUUGCGGUUCGGGCACCAACUACUAAGCAGGAGCUGAGUGUGCCCAGGGAUGCUGGCACUGUGCAAGUGGUAGUGGCAGCCAGCACCAGGGUCGGGGAGGGACCCACCUCCCCGCCCGUUGUCAUCAACCCGGCAAGCACAGGUAGGAACGAGUCUCUAGCUGGUUUUAUUUUCUAAUUUUACCCCGGGGGGCCACUUUAUUGGGCAGCAUCACUCAUUCUGUGAGUGAACAUUACGCUCCAACAGUAUAUGUAACAUCCGUCAAUAGGAACCAAAUUAAGGGCAACAUUAAGAAAACAUAGAGCACUAUUUCCAAAAUAAUGCACUAUUUUCCCCUCACUCGUAUCAGACCUCUGUGUAAGGUCUUCUUCUUGAGGUUAUCUUGAGAUGAUUUCGGGGCUUUAUCCCCACGGCCCGGUCCUCGACCAGGCCUCC